AUGGACUCUACCUCUCUCUCCAUUCCCCCCUCGGACUCAUCCUUCGCUGCCGCUGCCAGCCCCUACUUUGACUCUCUAUUUCGCCGGCGCCAGCAAAAGAAGAUGAGCAUCACCGAGACGUACUACCUUGCCCACACGGCCCGGAAGAAGCUCACCCGCGAAGCUUCCCGGGCCGACCACGACCUGCGCCUGCUGGUCGGCCACGCCAACCUCCUCGACUCGCUGAUGGUGGACCUGGCCGAUGCCGAGAACGAGCAGGAGCGCUGGUUCAACCAGACCGUCCACGGCGCCGCGAAGGCCCAGGACGACCAACCACCAAAGCACAUCCAAUGGGCUACCGCUACCACUAUUGUGGAGGAGCCCGAAGAAGACUGGGGUCAUGAGGAUGUCUCCGACCUGGACUCAGACUUCAGUGAUGAAGACGAGGACGAGGUUGACGACGAUGAUUAUGACGAGCGCGACUUUGUCAUCGCCGCCCUGCCGCCCCGGCGACGCGCCCCCUCGCCUGUGGCCGUCAUCCACGAACAAGAAUUGAUGGAGGACGAAGAUGACGACGACGACGACGAUGACACGGACUCGGAUUUUGAGUACGACGACGUGGAGGAUCUGGAGAAGCUGUGCCUCACUCGCUCACCGUCACGGGCGUCACAGUCGCCGCCUGAGCUGCUGGCCGACUUGGACGAUGAUUCAGAGGAUGAUAACCUGCCACCCUCGCCGCCGCAGCCUACCAUCGAGGUCUUCGAUGAGAAGGCCGCCGCCGCUGCUGUUCAGGCCACAAGCAUGUCGUCACUAAAGGACAACCAUCUGUUCGAGGAACAGGAGUAUUACGUUUCACCACCACACCAGGAGCAGACUCUCAUCGAGGCAUACUGA